AUGCGUUUGGACGUGAAGAGGCAGUUGUUUGCCCGUAGCGAAAGAGUCAAGGGCAUUGAUUUCCAUCCCGUCGAGCCAUGGAUUUUGACAACUUUGUACAGCGGUCAUGUUUACAUAUGGUCGUAUGAGACUCAGGCAAUAGUAAAAACAUUCGAGUUAACAGAUGUGCCCGUACGAGCUGGACGAUUUAUUUCGCGAAAGAACUGGAUCGUCUGCGGUUCCGAUGACUUUCAGCUACGUGUCUAUAAUUACAACACGUCCGAGAAGAUCACCUCCUUCGAAGCCCACCCAGAUUACAUUCGAGCCAUCGUCGUUCACCCUUCUCAGCCCUUCGUGCUGACCGCUUCCGAUGAUAUGACCAUUAAAUUGUGGGAUUGGGAUAAAGGAUGGAAAUGUGUACAAGUUUUCGAGGGUCACAGCCACUAUGUUAUGGGUCUCGCGAUUAACCCAAAAGAUACCAACACAUUCGCCUCGGCAUGUUUGGACAGAACUGUGAAGAUUUGGAGUUUGGGCUCCUCGACUGCCAAUUUUACCCUCGAGGCACAUGAGACAAAAGGAGUCAAUCACGUUGAUUACUACCCACAAUCAGACAAACCAUACCUUCUCACCACAUCCGACGAUAGGACGGUCAAGAUUUGGGAUUAUACCACAAAAUCGCUGAUCGCGACCCUCGAAGGCCACACAAGCAAUGUUUCAUUUGCUUGCUACCACCCAGAACUCCCGGUCAUCAUUUCUGGAUCCGAAGAUGGAACGGUCAAGAUUUGGCAUGCCAAUACCUAUCGACUCGAACAAUCUCUCAACUAUGGAUUAGAGCGCGCUUGGUGUGUUAGCUAUCAAAAGGGCAAGCAGGGAGUUGCGGUUGGUUUUGACGAGGGUGCGGUUGUGGUGAAAAUGGGACGGGAAGAACCAGCUGUUUCUAUGGAUGGUUCAGGAAAAUUGAUCUGGGCUAGACACAGCGAGGUUGUUUCUUCGAUCAUUAAGGGUGGAGACGCAUCCUUGAAAGACAAUGAGCCAAUUUCUUUGCCAACGAAAGAUCUUGGUCAAUGUGAAGUGUAUCCUCAGACACUUCUGCACUCUCCCAAUGGACGAUUCGUGUCUGUUUGUGGUGAUGGCGAAUACAUCAUUUAUACUGCGUUGGCAUGGAGAAACAAAGCGUUCGGUUCUGCUCUCGAUUUUGUUUGGGGUUCAAAAGAUAACAGCAAUGAUUAUGCCAUUCGUGAAUCAGCAACGAGUGUCAAAAUUUACAAGAAUUUCGUUGAAAAAACUGGUGGAUUAGAUGUUAGAUUCCAGGCAGAAGGUCUGACUGGGGGCGUUUUACUUGGUGUCAAGGGUCAAGGUGGAGUUGGAUUCUACGACUGGGCGACUGGUGGUUUGGUUCGAAGAAUUGAGGUCGACCCAAAAGAGGUUUACUGGUCUGAAAACGGCGAACUGGUGGCCAUCGCCUGCGAAGAUACGUUUUAUGUUCUUCGAUUCUCACGCGAAGAAUAUGUUUCUGCUGUCCAAAAUGGCGAGGUUGAGGAUGACGGAGUAGAAGCAGCUUUCGAAGUUGUCACUGAUAUUAAUGAGAGUGUACGAACCGGAGAAUGGGUCGGCGAUUGCUUCAUUUAUACCAACAGCACGAAUCGUCUCAACUACCUCGUUGGCGACCAAACCUACACCAUAUCACAUUUUGACCAACCGAUGUAUCUCCUUGGAUAUAUCCAGAGGGAUUCUAGAAUCUACCUGUCCGACAAAGAUGUGAAUGUUACCUCAUUCUCGCUGUCGUUGUCGGUGGUGGAGUAUCAGACCCUUGUUUUGCGAGGCGAUAUGGAGUCAGCGGAGGAACUUCUUCCCUCCAUACCUGAGGACCAGCUGAACAAAAUUGCGCGUUUUCUGGAAGGACAGGGUCAUAAGGAGUUGGCGCUCGAGGUUGCAACGGACUCAGAGCAUAAGUUUGAUCUUGCGCUCGCUCUUGGCCAGUUACCAAUCGCUCUGGAGCUUGCGCGAGAGGCCGAUGUGGAACACAAGUGGAAAACUGUCGGUGAUGCUGCUCUCGCUGGUUGGGAUAUCGCUCUCGCAGCAGAAUGCUUCACAAACGCUAAAGAUCUCGGCUCGCUUCUCCUUCUCCACUCAUCCACCGGUGACCGUGACGGGCUUCAGGCAUUGAACGUCCAGGCACAAGAAGCAGGUGCUCACAAUGUCGCUUUUACCUGCUUAUGGCAGCUUGGCGACGUAGAAGCAUGUAUCGACCUGCUCACCAGAACCGGACGAACAGCCGAAGCGGUUCUGUUCUCACAAACUUACAAGCCGAGUCUUACGCCUAAAACUGUGGGGUUAUGGAAGGAGGCUCUAGAGAAAGACAAGAAAGCAAAGGUCGCAAAGACGAUUGGUGUUCCAGGCGAGGAUGAAGACUUGUUCCCUGAAUGGGAGGAGUAUCUUAAAUUGGAGAAUGGAGGUGGAGAUCUGGUGGAUCUUGAUGAUGGCGAAAAUGUGGAGGUCGAAGAAGAUGCUGAAGAGGAGCCUGAGGUUGUAGAUGUAGAUGCUGAGGACGAGGAGUAG